UGUUCAGCGGACGAAUGGCAAGCCUGCAGUAGGUAUAGAUAAAUAAAUAUAACCUCAAAAAGUGACAGAAGUAGAAGAGAACGAUUACUUUGCCGGCUGUUUUUUUUUUGUAAACUGACAAUAAUAAUUUCGGCAAAUCAAUGACAUUGGACGCUGUCAUGGUCGCUCAAGAGAGAUAAUCUCCACGUCACCGAUAAACAGUAUCGUAACAUGUGAUUUCAGAAGGAUUUCAGUCACCAAACAAAGGCUUGAUCCAUGUUGAUCAGCUGACAAUAGCCAAUUCGUAAAUACCUUAUGUCUUCUUUAAAAAUACUCACAAAGUAAAACAUUUUUUUUGUAAAAUGUGUUUUAUAUGAUUUAUUAAUCAAACACAAGAGUUAUCAUGCUGCUAUGCACAGUUUCUUGACAUACAGAAAAUGAACAACUGGUACUAUUGUAGUCAUGCUAAGUAAAAGAGUCUGUAAUAACUUUAAGAUUAAAUAUGGCAAAAAUUCAGUGGUCUGUGAUAAGAAAGCCAGAAUUCCAAUGGCUAAGCUCCAGUCAAACGUUAUUUCGUUUACGCAUUACAUUUAAAUCACUAUUCUAUAAUCAUUAUUUAAAUUGGAGCUAUGUAUGUGAUACGUUAUUGGAACCAAUUUUAUGGUUCGUUGAAAACUUUACUGCCUGCCUUGGUCCAAUUUUCGUAGUAAUGGUCAGUAUAUUGACAGCCUUGAUUGUCUACAUUGCUUAUUACAUAGGAUUUCCUUAUUGGUGGGAGAAAAGCCCAGAAUUCACUAUAGUUCUACUGAUCAUUGGAAAUUGGCUGUUAAUAAAUGUAUGUUUUCAUUAUUACAUGGGAGUCAAUGUACCUGCAGGUUAUCCACCAAAAGGUGGUCUUAUACCAGAGGCUGUUAGUAUUUGUAAAAAAUGCAUUAAACCAAAGCCACCUAGAACUCACCACUGUUCUAUUUGUAAUAAAUGUGUUCUCAAAAUGGAUCAUCACUGUCCUUGGCUUAACAAUUGUGUUGGUCACUAUAAUCAUAGAUAUUUCUUCCAGUAUAUGCUGUUUACAGUUGUAGGAGUGCUUUUUAUCAUCAUAUUUGGAGUACAUUUAGCAUACGAAGAAUACUUUCUAUCUCCAGAGCCAGAACUUGAUGGACAUCCUGUUCGUAUCAAUAAUUCAGAAAUAAUUCCUAUGACAGAGUCAUUAGAUCAUCUUACUGAGGAAGAGAGACAAGAUAUAGCUCGACAAGCAGCUGAGAGAAAAGAAAGCGAAUAUCGACGAAAAUUAAUAGUCCUGGCAGCUCUGAUUUGCGUCGCGACACUUGCCGCGUUAGGCGCUUUGACCUGGUGGCACGCAGGUUUGAUUGCCAGGGGAGAAACCAGUAUCGAAGGACGUAUCAACAGCACCUUGGAAAAGAAAUUUAAGGCUCAAGGGAAAAAGUAUCAGAAUCCAUAUAACUUUGGACGAAAGGAGAAUUGGAGAUUAUUUCUUGGACUGAAGGGCAGAAGCUGGUGGCACAUCCUGUUUCCCUCGAGUCACGGACCUUACGGCGACGGUCUUGUCUGGGAUACGGUGAACAAUGAAAAGAUAUCCUGAGUAAGAAUUUUAAAUGUGUGAAAUGUGAGAUGACGGCAGCUAGGUCGUGUAAAAUAUCAUAAUCAUCUGAACCAAGAACCGAGGAAAUUAAAUAUUUUUACAAUAUUCUUAUUGUGAUGUAGCAUAAUAACUUUUCAUAUUUUUGAAUAAAUACAAUAUUCAGUGAAAUCUAUAUAUUUACGACAGUGCUGAUUAUUUAGCACGCGUAAGAAAAAUAAAUACGUGUUUUUGCAAAAACUC